GGAAGUCUCGUGUGAUAUUGAUAUAUGCCUCUGUUUUCUUCUCCUUCUUCUUUCGUUUACAAUGACAAGAGUGGAAUUUCGGGACAUCUUCUCUUAUCCCACUUAUUCCUUACCGAUUCCUGAUUAUCCCACAUCUUUUCUUCUUUCCUGUACACCCUCAUGAUGCUCAAGAUGCUAAUAGAAAGACCAUUCGUUCUCCUGCUCUUGGCUUUUCUGCUACUGCAGCCAAGCAUACUUCAGCUGUCUGAAUCCUCAAACAACUUUACAGAUCAAUUAGCUCUCAUUGCCUUCAAAACUGAAAUCAUUAGUUUUGGCCCGAACAAUACCAUCUUCUCUGCUGGUAACUGGUCCAAAGCAACUAACUUCUGUGAGUGGUUUGGGGUCUCUUGCAGCCGACGCAGACAAAGAGUCACAGCCUUGAACCUUUCCUACGUGGGUCUCCAAGGCACCAUUUCCCCUCAUAUUGCCAACCUCUCCUUCCUACGCUUACUUGAUCUUACUCACAACAGCUUCUAUGGUUUUCUUCCUCGUGAGAUCGGUCAUCUACACCGGUUGAGGAAACUUCGCUUGUCACACAACCUAUUGGAAGGUAAUAUCCCUCCAACUUUACAUAAUUGCCCCAAGCUUGAAUAUUUAUCUCUUUUAAAUAACGAGUUCAAUGGUAGCAUACCAAAAGAUUUGGGCAUGUUAUCAAUGCUUCGGUAUUUAUAUCUUGGUGAGAACCAUCUUGUGGGUGAAAUUCCAUCGUCCAUUAGCAAUAUGUCGUCAUUAGAGAUCUUGUCUUUGAAGAACAACAGCCUUACUGGUCCAAUUCCUUUUGUGAUCUUUAACCUCUCUUCUCUAACGUCUUUUGAUGUUACGAGAAAUCAAUUCUCAGGAACCCUUCCAAUGGAUCUUUGCCACUAUUGUCCUAAUCUUAAAGGACUGUAUAUAGACAAUAACAUAUUCAGCGGUCAGCUCCCCUCACAGUUUAAUGACUGUAGAGAGAUUUUAGAGUUAUCUCUGUCAUACAACAAGUUUGAUGGAAGUAUUACAAAAGGUUUUGGGAGUUUAGAAAAGCUUGAACUGCUAUAUCUUGGAGGUAACAACUUAACUGGAAAUAUACCUCCUUUCAUAAGCAAUUUAUCGAUGUUACAAGCGUUUGCCAUUGAAAAUAACAACAUUAAAGGUAGCACUCCAAGUGAUUUAUGGCGUCUCCAAAAUCUGCAGGAAUUGAAUCUUCAGAACAAUCAUCUCACAGGGACAAUACCCCAAAAUAUUUUCAACAUUACCUCUCUACAAAUGCUCUCCUUGUUAGGAAAUUCCUUGUCUGGAAAUCUUCUAUUUGAUACUAGACUUUCUUGCUCUAAUAUUGCUUAUCUAUAUUUGGGUAUCAACAAAAUUAGUGGUCCUUUCCCAUCAUAUUUUUCAAAUUGUUCCAACCUAGUCCGACUAGAUUUGGCCUUUAACUUACUCUCUGGGCCUAUACCCAAAAAUCUUGGAAACUUAAAAUAUCUUGAAAUACUUAGUAUGAGCGGUAAUCAGUUGACAGUGGAGCCUGGACAUCAAAAACAUAGCUUCCUUUCAUCUUUAACUAGUUGCAGAUUUUUGCAGUUGCUAGCUAUAUCCGGAAAUCCUUUGAAUAUUGCAAUUCCGGAUGUCAUUGGAAAUUUUUCAGAUUCAGUUGAAGCCAUUUAUGCCAGUGAAACCCAACUGAAGGGGAAAAUUCCAAUGGGAAUUGGUUCCUUAAAAAACUUGAACGUCCUUGAUUUGAGAGCUAAUAGUUUAACCGGAAACAUACCAUCAACAUUUGGGGCAUUGGUGAGCUUGCAAAGAUUGUUUCUUGACAUAAACAAGAUUGAAGGAUUCAUUCCGGAACAACUUUGUCAAUUAAAGAACCUGGGAGAAUUGUCUCUCUCAAAUAACAGAGUCGCUGGAUCCAUCCCAAAUUGCAUUGGAAACCUCAGUCUUUUGCAGAGAUUAAACCUUAGUUCUAACAGACUGGCAUCAUCAGUACCAUCAAAUUUAUGGAGCAUUGAAAAUCUAUUGUUUUUAGAUUUAUCAUUGAAUUCCCUUAAUGGAUCUUUGUCUCCAAACCUAAUAAAAUUGGAUGCUAUUGCAUACAUAAAUUUAUCUCAUAACCAACUUACUGGAAAGAUUCCUAGUACCAUCGGUGCUUUUGAAGAAUUGCGUUACCUUGAUUUGUCAAAGAACUCAUUUCAAGGAGAUAUUCCACAAUCUUUCACCCACUUGAAGGGAUUGGAUCUGCUAGACCUCUCAAACAAUAAUCUCUCUGGUGAAAUUCCCAAGUCUCUUGAGGCACUUCCAUUUCUCAAGUAUUUGAACUUGUCCUUUAAUAAGCUAUCAGGAGAGAUUCCAUCCGGUGGGCCUUUUGCAAACUUCCAUAUGGAAUCAUUUAUAGGUAAUGAAGCACUUUGUGGGAAUCCAAAUUUUGGAGUUCCACCUUGCACAAGUCCAACUUCUCAAGGAUCAACGAUGAAACAAGUUUUUCUCAGAUGUAUUGUUCCUGUCAUUGCAUCAAUUAUAAUCUUUGCAGCACUAGUCAUUAUGCUGAGAAGACAUCCACAACGUAACAUGCAGAUUCUAGGUUUACCUAUCACAUUGCCUACUGUGGAUCAUAGGAUGAUAUCAUACCUAGAGCUUUGUCGUGGAACAAACAACUUUAGUGAAAGUAACUUGCUUGGAACUGGAGGUUCUGGUUCUGUGUACAAGGGUAUAUUGUCUGAUGGGACUAUUGUUGCUGUCAAAGUUCUAAACCUUCAAUUGGAGAGUGCUUUUAGAAGUUUUGAUGCUGAAUGCAAGGUGUUAAGGGAAAUCCGGCACAGGAAUCUAGUUAAAGUCAUUAGUACAUGCACCAACCUUGAGUUUAGAGCUUUACUACUGCAGUACAUGUCAAACGGUAGCCUCGAAAAUUGGUUAUACUCUCACAACUACUGCUUGAAUCUUGUUCAAAGAGUAAACAUUAUGGUUGAUGUUGCAUCAGCAUUGGAAUAUCUCCACAAUGGUAAUGAUAAAUCAGAAUCUGUGGUGCAUUGUGAUUUGAAGCCUAGCAAUAUCCUUUUGGAUGAAGACAUGGUUGCACAUGUGGGUGACUUUGGAAUUGCAAAGAUUUUAGUCAAUGCAACACAAACCAAAACCCUUGGUACACUUGGCUAUAUUGCACCAGAGUAUGGUUCGGAAGGGAGAGUAUCCACCAAAUGUGACAUUUAUAGUUAUGGGAUAAUAUUGUUGGAGAUGAUCACAAGAAUGAAACCCACUGCUGAAAUGUUUGUUGGAGAACUGAGUAUGAGGCAAUGGAUUGCAUCACUGGACAAAAUGGAAGUCGUUGACCAUGGUUUACUUAGGAUUGAAGAUGGAAGAGAUGUGGCUGUCACGCAAACUACUCUUUCAUCUAUCUUAGAAUUAGGCUUGUGGUGCUCUGAAGAGUUACCAGAUGCAAGAGCUGACAUCAAAGACGUGGUGGCCAAGGUUAACAAAAUCAAAUUGACACUUCUUGCAAACAUAAUUAGUGUCUGAUAAUUGUGUUGCGGCUCAAGUUCCGUGUGUGUGUGUGUGAGUGAACGUAGCUGCAUUGUUAAAGCUUGCUUUCUUGAAUGUCUUUUUCAUUUCUCUUCUUUAUUUUUUUGCGGUGUAAUUUUGUGGCCCUGGUUUAGUCUGUCUUUAUUACGUAAGCUACUUAUAACUAGUAUGUUAUUUCUUAUAUGUUGUUCA